UGCCAGUCCAGUCCGCCUCCGGCCACGAGAGCGGCACCCUGCACUGCAAGCCUGCGCGAAGUGUCCCCACAAGAAGUCGGCAGGCACCCCCGUGCUCAACCCGCGAGGACAGACGCUGUCCAACAUGGCCCGGCCGCUAGCGGCGCUGCUCCUAGCCGGCCUCGUGCCCGCCCUCUUCCUCUUGGCGGGCCUGGCCGGCGCCGACAAGCCCGCCAGGGUGGUGUGCUACUUCAGCAACUGGGCCGUCUACCGGCCGGGCAUCGGCUCCUACGGCAUCGACGACAUGCCCGCGGAGCUGUGCACGCACGUCAUCUACUCCUUCAUCGGCGUGUCCAACGUCACGUGGGAGGUGCUCGUCCUGGACCCCGAGAAUGACGUCGAGAACAGCGGCUUCCGCAACUUCACGAACCUCAAGAAGAAGUACCCGGGGCUGAAGACGCAGCUGGCCGUGGGAGGCUGGGGCGAAGGGGGCCGCAAGUACUCUGCGCUGGUGCACAGCAAGGACAGGAGGGACACCUUCAUCAGCAGCGUCGUGGACUUCAUGCAGAAAUACGACUUCGAUGGCUUCGACCUGGACUGGGAGUACCCCGGGGCGGCAGACCGGGGCGGCUCCUACUCGGACAAGGACGUGUUCCUCUACUUCGUGCAGGAGCUUCGCCGCGCCUUCGGGAGACGCUGGGAGAUCACAAUGGCCGUACCCAUCGCCAAGUUCCGUCUCAACGAGGGCUACCACGUGCCAGAGCUAUGCGAGGAGCUGGACGCGAUCCACGUCAUGUCCUACGACCUGCGAGGCAACUGGGCAGGAUUCGCCGACGUGCACAGUGCGCUGUACAAGCGGCCGCACGACCAGUGGGCGUACGAGACGCUCAACGUGAACGACGGAGUGCAGCUGUGGGUCGACUACGGCUGCCCGCCCGACAAGCUGGUCGUGGGCAUCCCCUUCUACGGCCGCUCGUUCACGUUGUCGCAGGGCAACACGGACUACAAGCUGGGCACCUACAUCAACAAGGAGGCGGGCGGUGGCGCGCCCGGCAAAUACACCAACGCCAAGGGCUUCCUGGCCUACUACGAGAUUUGCUUGGAGUUGAAAGACAAAGAGGGUAACUGGACAGAGAAAUGGGAUGACAUUGGAAAGUGUCCAUAUGCCUACAAGGGAACACAAUGGGUUGGUUACGAAAACGAACGCAGCGUUCAGAUAAAGAUGGAUUGGAUCAAAUCCAAGGGAUAUGCAGGGGCCAUGAACUGGGCCAUAGACAUGGACGAUUUCCGUGGCGUCUGUGGGGAAAAGAACCCACUGAUUAAAAUCUUACAUCGUAACAUGAAGGACUACAUUGUUCCUACUCCAACUAUAUCAACUACCCCCCGACCUGAAUGGGCUCGGCCUCCAAGCACCCCAUCUUCAGUGCCAACAAGCCCAAAACCAAAGCCUUCAUCAACCUCAACAACGACCACCACUGCAGCUCCAACAACAGCUUCCACCACCACUUCAUCCACAACCCAGUCCACUUCAACUCCACCCAGUACUGUCAGCCCAAUGGAUGAUCCUUCAACGACUGAAAGUACUGUAGCAUCAGCAACAACUACAACAGAGGCAUCAAAUGAGAUUCCGUCAGAGAAAUGCAAAGAAGGCGACUUUUUGCCUCACAAGAAUUGCCACAAGUACUAUCGAUGCCUUUAUGGAGAACAUGUGGAAUUCACCUGCGAAUCAGACUUGGUUUGGAAUAAUGACGGUCAGACUUGUGACUGGCCGCAAAGCUCAGACCGUGAAGAAUGCAAAAAUCCUGGGGCCUUUUUACAAAAGCAAAUGGAGCACUCACAGCAUGGACUACUGGGACCUCAGCGCAGACAAUAAACAAUAACAUUAAUUUAAACCAUAUUUAUAUGAAUAUAUUUAUUAUUAAUAAAUUGUACUGACAUCAAAACCUUUAA